AUCUUCACAUCAAAUCUUCCUUCCUCCUCCUCCUCGCACAAGCAUAGACAACGUCAUGUCUGUUCAAAAGAUCCUUGCCCGCCAGAUCUUCGACUCCCGUGGAAACCCCACUGUCGAGGUUGACCUCUGGACUGAGAAGGGCCUCUUCCGUGCUGCCGUUCCCAGCGGAGCCUCGACCGGUAUCCACGAGGCUCACGAGCUGAGGGAUGGAGACAAGAGCUCUUACCUCGGCAAGGGUGUCACCAAGGCUGUUGCCAAUGUCAACGACGUCAUCGCCCCUGAGCUCAUCAAGGCCGGCCUCAAGGUCACCGACCAGAAGGCCAUCGAUGACUUCCUCAUCAAGCUCGACGGAACUCCCAACAAGUCCAAGCUCGGUGCCAAUGCCAUCCUCGGUGUCUCCAUUGCAGUGGCCAAGGCCGGCGCUGAGGAGAACGGUGUUGCGCUCUACAAGCACAUUGCUGGCCUCGCUGGUGUCAAGCCCCCCUACAUCCUCCCCGCCCCUGCCAUGAACGUCAUCAACGGUGGCUCGCACGCCGGCAACAAGCUCGCUCCUCAGGAGUUCAUGAUUGUCCCCACCGGCGCAAAGUCCUUCACCGAGGCCAUGAAGGUCGGCACUGAGGUCUACCACAACCUCAAGAAGGUCAUCCAGGCUCGUUCGGGCAUCGACGCUACCAACGUUGGUGACGAGGGCGGUUUCGCUCCUCCCCUCGAGGGCGCCGACGAGGCCCUGGAGAUCCUCACCGAGGCCAUCGAGAAGGCCGGAUACACUGGUCAGGUCCACAUCUCGCUUGACGUUGCCAGCUCGGAGUUCUACAAGGAGGGCAAGUACGACCUCAACUUCAAGGACGAGAAGAACCCCCACCUCAUCACCGGAAAGGAGCUCGCUGACCUCUACAUCGGAUGGAUCAAGAAGUACCCCAUCACCUCGAUCGAGGACCCCUUCGACCAGGACGACUGGGAGGCCUGGUCGUACUUUACGGCCAACAGCGGCGUCACCGUCAUUGGCGAUGACCUGACUGUCACGAACCCCCUGCGUAUCAAGACGGCUAUCGAGAAGAAGGCCUGCAACGGUCUUCUGCUCAAGAUCAACCAGAUUGGUACAAUCUCGGAGUCGAUCCAGGCUGCUCAGCUCUCGCAGAGCGACAACUGGUCGGUCAUGUGCUCGCACCGCAGUGGUGAGACCGAGGACGUCACCAUUGCCGACCUGACCGUCGGCCUGGCUACGGGCAUCAUCAAGACGGGCGCUCCUUGCCGCAGCGAGCGUGUUGCCAAGUACAACGCCCUGCUCCGCAUCGAGUCGCUCGAGAAGGACUGCAAGUACGCUGGCAUUGCUGGUUUCACUCAGGGCGACAAGGCCCCCGAGGUUCUCUCGUGGGGCAAGUAAUGUGAAUGAGGUGACCUUCGGCGAGGCGAUAGAUGCAACGCCGAGCGCGUGCCA